UGAUCGUUUAGUCUGAUGACGGCAUGCACGAGAAUGGAAGCGAUGACAAUGAUGAUGAUACAUACGAAGCGACGACGAAAAGAGAAGCGAAGCCGAGCCAGACCGAACCGAAGCAAGUGCGAUGGAUUGAAAGGAGGGCAGUUUUGAAGGUGCGUCGCUUUGAUGAUCCUAAAGGUGCACUGAAAUAAACUAAGAACUUAUUUUUGAAUGAUUAGUAGAAUGAUAUAGAUCGUGUGGAUAUUUACAAAACCUAUUUCUUUUUUUUUCUUACAUACCAAUUACCAUUACUACAUCCUUUCCCUCUCGUACUCUAAUUUAGCAACAUGGAUGAAAAAGUUGGAUCAAACUUAUCUGGCUCCCAAAGUGUCAUUUAAACCAGGCUUUAAACAAAACAAAAAAACACACUUUCAAUCUAAUUUACACGUUCUCAAAUAAAACUCUUCAUAACGAAUAGACAUGAUGUUAUUUUAUUCUUACAGUUUGAUUCACCUGGAUCAAAAUUCAUCUUCCAGACUCCACAAUUUCGCGAGAGCUCGAAGAAAAGUGACAUCGCUUCAAUCAGAUCCACUCGAAGCAAAACUCAUCUUUCAGAAACAUCUCAUGCUAUCUUUCAUGCAUAUCCAGUGUCAUCUCUCAGACACAUCUUAUGCCAUCUUUCAGACACAUUCCAUGCCAUCUUUCAGGCAUAUCUAGUGCCAUCUUUCAAACACAUCUCAUGCCAUCUUUCAGGCAUAUCUAGUGCCAUCUUUCAGACACAUCUCAUGCCAUCUUUCAGGCAUAUCCAGUGUCAUCUUUCAGACACACCUCAUGCCAUCUUUCAGGCAUAUCUAGUGCCAUCUUUCAGACACAUAUCAUGCCAUUUUUCAGGCAUAACAGAUUCAUUCAUUCACAAUCGCCGAUCUCAAAACUUUCUUGGAUUGAGGUUUUCAAGCUCAAUGCUUCCAACAAAGUGUCAAAACCAGGAAAUAUUCAAUUGUUUCAUUCAGAAAUUCUUGCAACAGAUUUAUUUAUUCUCAAUCUCCGAUCUCAAAACUUUCUUGGAUUGAGGUUUUCAAGCGCAAUGCUUCCAACAAAGUGUAAAAACCAGGAAAUAUUCAAUUGUUUCAUUCAGAAUUCCUUGCUGCAGAUUCAUUCAUUCACAAUCUCCGAUCUCAAAACUUUCUUGGAUUGAGGUUUUCUAGUUUUCUAGAGGCAUACCUAGUGCCAUCUUUCAGACACGUUUCAUGCCAUCUUUCAGGCAUAUCUAGUGUCAUCUUUCAGACACAUCUUAUGCCAUAUUUCAGGCACAUCUAGUGCCAUCUUUCAGACAUAUCCAGUGUCAUCUUUCAGACACAUUUCAUGCCAUCUUUCAGGCAUAUCUAGUGCCAUCUUUCAGACACAUCUUAUGCCAUCUUUCAGGCAUAUCUAGUGUCAUCUUUCAGACACAUCUCAUGCCAUCUUUCAGGCAUAUCAAGUGUCAUCUUUAAGACACACUACAUGCCAUCUUUCAGGCAUAUCUAGUGCCAUCUUUCAGACAAAUCGUAUGCCAUCUUUCAGGCAUAUCUAGAGCCAUCUUUCAGACACAUCUUAUGCCAUCUUUCAGGCAUAUCUAGUGCCAUCUUUCAGACACAUCUUAUGCCAUCUUUCAGGCAUAUCUAGUGCCAUCUUUCAGACACAUCUCAUGCCGUCUUUCAGGCAUAGCGAGUGUCAUCUUUCAGACACAUCUCAUGCCAUCUUUCAGGCAUAUCCAGUGUCAUCUUUCAGACACACCUCAUGCCAUCUUUCAGGCAUAUCUAGUGCCAUCUUUCAGACACAUCUUAUGCCAUAUUUCAGGCAUAUCCAGUGUCAUCUUUCCGACACACCUCAUGCAAUCUUUCAGGCAUAUCUAGUGCCAUCUUUCAGACACAUCUCAUGCCAUCUUUCAGGCAUAUCUAGUGUCAUCUUUCAGACACACCUCAUGCCAUCUUUCAGGCAUAUCUAGUGCCAUCUUUCAGACAAAUCGUAUGCCAUCUUUCAGGCAUAACAGAUUCAUUCAUUCACAAUCUCCGAUCUCAAAACUUUCUUGGAUUGAGGUUUUCAAGCUCAAUGCUUCCAAUAAAGUGUCAAAACCAGGAAACAUUCUAUUGUUUCAUUCAGAAUUCCUUGCCGCAGAUUCAUUCAUUCACAAUCUCCGAUCUCAAAACUUUCUUGGGUUGAGGUUUUCAAGCUCAAUGCUUCCAAUAAAGUGUCAAAAACAGAAAAUAUUCAAUUGUUUCAUUCAGAAUUUCUUGCCACAGAUUUAUUCAUUCGCAAUCUCCGAUCUCAAAACUUUCUUGGAUUGAGGUUUUCAAGCUCAAUGCCUCCAAUAAAGUAUCAAAACCAGGAAAUAUUCAAUUGUUUCAUUCAGAAUUCAUGCCACAGAUUUAUUCAUUCUCAAUCUCCGAUCUCAAAACUUUAUUGGAUUGAGGUUUUUAAGCUCAAUGCUUCCAACAAAGUGUCAAAACCAGGAAGUAUUCCAUUGUUUCAUUCAGAAUUCCUUGCCAAAGAUUCAUUCAUUCACAAUCUCCGAUCUCAAAACUUUCAUGGAUUGAGAUUUUUUAGUUCAAUGCUUCCAAUAAAGUGUCAAAACAGAAAAUAUUCAAUUGUUUCAUUCAUAAUUUCUUGCCACAGAUUUAUUCAUUCUCAAUCUCCGAUCUCAAAACUUUCUUGGAUUGAGGUUUUCAGGCUCAAUGCUUCCAACAAAGUGUCAAAACCAGGAAAUAUUCCAUUGUUUCAUUCAGAAUUCCUUGCCAAAGAUUCAUUCAUUCACAAUCUCCGAUCUCAAAACUUUCUUGGACUGAGGUUUUCAAGCUUAAUGCUUCCAAUAAAGUGUCAAAACCAGGAAACAUUCCAUUGUUUCAUUCAGAAUUCCUUGCCAAAGAUUCAUUCAUUCACAAUCUCCGAUCUCAAAACUUUCAUGGAUUGAGGUUUUUUAGCUCAAUGCUUCCAAUAAUGUGUCAAAAACAGAAAAUAUUUAAUUGUUUCAUUCAGAAUUUCUUGCCACAGAUUUAUUCAUACUCAAUCUCCGAUCUCAAAACUUUCUUGGAUUAAGGUUUUCAAGCUCAAUGCUUCCAAUAAAGUGUCAAAACCAGGAAACAUUCCAUUGUUUCAUUCAGAAUUCCUUGCCAAAGAUUCAUUCAUUCACAAUCUCCGAUCUCAAAACUUUCAUUAAUUGAGGUUUUUUAGCUCAAUGCUUCCAAUAAAGUGUCAAAACAGAAAAUAUUCAAUUGUUUCAUUCAGAAUUUCUUGCCACAGAUUUAUUCAUUCUCAAUCUCCGAUCUCAACACUUUCUUGGAUUGAGGUUUUCAAGCUCAAUGCUUCCAACAAAGUGUCAAAACCAGGAAAUAUUCCAUUGUUUCAUUCAGAAUUCCUUGCUAAAGAUUCAUUCAUUCUCAAUCUCCGAUCUCAAAACUUUCUUGGACUGAGGUUUUCAAGCUCAAUGCUUCCAAUAAAGUGUCAAAACCAGGAAACAUUCCAUUGUUUCAUUCAGAAUUCCUUGCCGCAGAUUCAUUCAUUCACAAUCACCGAUCUCAAAACUUUCUUGGAUUGAGGUUUUUUAGCUCAAUGCUUCCAAUAAAGUGUGUUACACUAAAAUAGAAACGAAUAUUUGAUUAUUUGAAUUUAAAGCAAGUAUAUUUCAGUGUAAACGCAAAAUGUAAAAUGAUUAUUUUUCCGUGUAUGCGAUAGGAGUUGGUUGUGGAGAGUUUGAGGAGAUUUGGCUCAGCGCGAGCGGAAACAGAUAGGAAAGAGAUAGAAGAGUAGGAAGAAGGAAAAUUCAAAAAGUAAUAAAAACGCGCCGUGUUCAGACGUGUUUCAGUUUGCUAAAUAAAUUUCGUUUUAAUUAAUACAGUCCACUUGCUUUCCCAUCUUGAGUAUCCGAAGAACAUUUUGGUCCGAUCGUGCCGGAUGUCGGAUUAGUGGAUGGAAGCAUUUUAGAUUCUCGGUUCGUGCGCGGAACGAGAAAGAAUCGACGCGAGUUUCGGUUGUUGCGACGGUCGGAAAUCGCGAAGUGAAUUCGGUUGCAUGCGUUGCAUCGGAUAGUUCCGGACACUGCGGUUUACGGAAAGUGAAAGUGACCGGUUGAGCGGCAGAUGGAAGAAUCCGGGGACUUGCGAGUUCCGGACAAGUGCUGUUACUACCCGGAAAUUUGAACAGAAAACAGUGGAGGUCAAACCUCAAAGAAGAAAACGAAUAAGAAGAACCAUUUUGGGUGAUGUUUUUGCGGUCUGGUAAAGUGAAGAAAGUGUUGUUUCCGUCGUCGCCAUUUUUAACUCCGACCGGCGAUUUGAGUGUGGUUCGUAGUGUGCGUGAGCAAAAGGACGAAGCUGAAAAUCGCCUGAAAGAAAAGAAGAUGGCGGAAAGUGUGCAAGCAUUGGAGCAGUGUUGCAGUGCGGCUCGGUCGAAAGUGGAGCGGAUCAGGUCGGCCAUUUUGAAUGCUGAUCAGGAUCCCGAAAAGUUCACCCACCAUGGCUUGAAGCUCUACAUGAAGACUGUCGAUGCUGCCUAUGAGGAGUACAACAAUUUCCAGAACCGUAUCUACCUCGCCGACCCUCUUAGGAGAGAAGAAUUCGAACCGAAGUUUAUUGAGUUCGAAGAGCUUUACGAGUUCGUUCGGGUCGCGUUGAGCGAAAUGAUCCAGCACUACGUAGACAUCGAAAAGGCGAUAGCGGAUGAAGCAGCUCUGGAUCGUGAGAAGCAGCUUCUCGCUAUGAAGUUUUCUGGAAAUGCUGUAGCAGUGGGUGAGCGUGGCGGGAAUAGUGGCGUGCAGGAAAGCAUUGUGCCGUACUGCAUGCCGCCGUCCCUGCUGUUGCAGCAAACACCGUUGCCGACGUUUGACGGCCGGUAUGAGCACUGGCACAAAUUCAAGGCCCGAUUCUGUGAUAUUGUGGACCGGUGCACACAGGAUUCUCCAGCUACGAAGCUCCAUUAUUUGGAUAAGGCGUUAGUCGGAGAGGCGAAAGGAGCAAUUGAUGAACAGACACUCAACGACAACAACUACGAUGGCGCCUGGAGGAUUCUGGUAGAACGCUAUGAGAACCUCCCGAUGGUGAUUCACGGCCACGUCACGAGGUUGCUGAACAUGAAGCCGAUGGCCAAGGAGUCGUCAGCAGAACUGCGAACGUUGGUUGACGACUGCACGAAACGCGUGGAAUCCUUGGAGUUCCACAAACUGAAGAUGGAUAAGAUGUCCGAAGCUAUUGUGAUCACGUUGCUGGCGUCGAAGCUUGAUCCGAGUACCCGCCGAAGCUGGGAGGCAUCUGUUGAGCAUGGUAAGUUACCAGUGUAUAAAGAUACGAUCGCAUUCCUGCGUAAACACUCUCACGUCUUGGAGAGGUGUGAGCAGAACGUCACGGCAGUCAAGAACAAGGUCGUGUCGAUAAGAAGUCAGCCGUCUACAGUCACUAGUAAGACGCACACUGUGACGGUUUCGAAGGCGAAUGAUGGAUGCCCCCUGUGCGGAUCUGCCCAUCCGGUGGAUACAUGUGGAGCGUUCAAAAGGAUGAAUGUUGACGAGCGGUACACGAAGGCGAAGCAGCUGGGAUUAUGCUUCAGCUGUCUGCAGCGAGGGCAUCGAACCGCUGCGUGCAAGCACAGCAAAACGUGUCCAUCAUGUACGAAGAAACAUCAUGCGUUGAUGCAUCCGGAAGAGAAGAAGCCUGUAGCAGCUGAGAGCCCGCGGCCACCUGCGGCAGUGCAGGAGAAUUCCAAUCAGCCGAUGACCGCGGCGAAGUGUACGAUUCCAGUCGUGCAGACGAAACAAGUUCUUUUGGCGACCGCUGUGGUGAUGGCGUACGAUUCCAACGGUGAGGCGCACAAAUGCCGUGUGUUACUUGACUCCGGAGCGAUGGCGAACUUCAUGUCAACCAGAAUGGCAGAGUUACUGCGAUUGCGGAAGGAGAGUGCCAAUGUCCCGAUCGACGGCGUAAACGGGAUGAAGUCCAUCGUGAAGCAUAACGUGAGUGCUAAAAUGGUAUCCAGAACAACCGGUUUUGAAUCAUCGUUGGAUUAUCUGGUUGUCCCCCGCGUGACCGGUGCAUUGCCGGCAACGAAGAUCGACCCGCACAGCUGGCAGAUUCCAGAGUCGGUACAGCUGGCCGACCCGAACUUCUACGAACCUGGUCGCAUUGACAUGCUUGUCGGUGCGGAAUUAUUUUUCGAUGUGCUGCAAGAAGGUAAGAUCAAAUUGUCUCAUAAUCUGCCAUUAUUGCAAGAGAGUCAACUGGGCUGGCUCGUUUCCGGACCGGUGGCCGAUACUGCGCCGAUCGGUACUGUGAAAGUGUGUCAAACUGGCACAUCGGAGGCAACUGAUGAACAACUGUGUCAACUACUUCGGCGGUUUUGGACCAUCGACGAGCUUGGAGGUGAUACAUCCCCUGAUCCAGACGAUAAGUGUGAGCUGAGCUUCCAGGAGACUCACAGCAGAAACAAGGAUGGCCGGUACGUGGUGAUGCUACCAUUUCGUGAAAACGUUGGCGAGCUCGGUGAAUCCCGGAAGCAAGCGAUGCGGCGAUUUGUUGCACUUGAGAGCCGUCUAGAAAGGCAGCCAGAGUUGAAGCAGGCGUAUGUUGAGUUCAUCAACGAGUACCUAGCGUUGGGUCACUGCCGAGUGGUCACAAGCGCCGAAUGUGAGAAGAACGAUUUUGCUCAUUAUCUGCCACACCAUUGCGUGAUAAAGCCGGACAGUUCUACGACCAAGCUGAGAGUGGUGUUCGAUGCGUCGGCGAAGAGCAGCACAGAUCUGUCUUUGAACGAUGUGAUGGAGAUUGGUCCCACAGUGCAGGAUUCACUCUUCAACGUGAUUUUGAGAUUUCGCUUGCACAAGUACGUCUUCACCGCCGACAUCCCGAAAAUGUAUCGGCAGGUGAUGGUUCACGAGUCUCACCGGAAGUACCAACGGAUUCUGUGGAGAGAGAAUAAGGAUCAGACAGUGAAGGAGUUGGAGCUGAAUACGGUUACUUACGGUACAGCAGCGGCGCCUUUCCUGGCGACACGGUCCAUCGUUCAACUGGCUAAAGAUGAGCAGGAGGACUUUCCGGAGGCGAGCGAGGCUGUUGUGAAGUGCUUCUACGUUGAUGACGUGAUGACUGGGGCUGAUACCCUGAGCGGUGCUAGGCAGCUUCAGAAAAACUUGAUCACACUCCUGGCCAGGGGUGGAUUCCAGCUCCAUAAAUGGUGCGCCAAUGAUGAAGCAUUGCUCGAAGACAUCCCUAUUGACGCCAGGGAGAAGCAGCUGAACUUCGAGGACAGUGAUAUCAACGGAGUCAUCAAAACGCUUGGUGUCCUGUGGGAUCCCUCUAGUGAUGAUUUCCUGUUCCACGUGAAACCAAUCGGUGAGGGUUCCGAAAUACCCACGAAGCGAAUGGUGCUGUCGGACAUGUCAAAGCUGUUCGAUCCUCAUGGCCUACUAGCACCGAUCAUACUCAUUGCCAAACUCGUGAUGCAACAACUGUGGCAGCAGAACGUGGAAUGGGAUGAAGCGAUUCCGAAGGAGCAACUACGAACGUGGAACCGGUUCAGGUCCGAGCUUUCGUCUUUGAAUUCUCUGCGGAUCAACCGGCGGAUUACUGUUGAUGAUGCGGUUACUGUCGAGCUGCAUGGAUUUGCUGACGCCUCCAAGGUGGCGUAUGGGUGUUGCAUAUACCUGAGAAGUGUGAAGAGUGAUGGGGUUGCCGAGAUGCGAUUGAUUUGUGGCAAGUCACGGGUUGCCCCAAUGAAGGAGAUUCAACGAGACAUCAAGUUGGACGCCACACCUGAUGAGAUGACGAUCCCGCGGCUGGAGCUGUGUGCUGCAUUGCUGUUAGCGGAACAAGUGGAAAAAGUGCGCGAAACCUUGGCAUUAACAACCGCAAAGGUGGUGCUUUGGUCGGACUCUAAAAUAGUGUUGAACUGGUUGAAACAAAUGAAGACAAACACUCCAGUGUUCGUACAAAACUGCGUAGUGAAAAUUAGAAAACUUUUCGCCUCCCACAUGUGGCACUAUAUAUCGACACAACAUAACCCUGCAGAUUUGGUGUCACGUGGGGUCUUCCCAGAAGAUCUGAUGCGUUGUGAAGAAUGGUGGAGUGGCCCAAGUGUAAUUCCUGUUGUAGCAGAGAAUGAAGGCGAACCGGUGGAAUCCGAAGAUUACUCCCACCAAAUUGUGGCGGCUGUCGUACCGGCUGCUCUGAAGAAACAACUUGACCCGUACGACGUGAUCCUGAAGUACAGCAGCUAUCGCAAGUUGCAGCGUAUUUUCGGUUACGUGACUCGUUUCAUUCACAACUGCCGAUCGAAGCAAGACACGACGAAGCGCAGAACGGGUGUGCUCAACAGCGAGGACCACAACGAAGCACAGAAGGCGAUGGUGACCAUUAUCCAGCAGGUGGUCUACAAGGACGAAAUCGGUUGCAUCCAGACGAAGCAAUCAAUCAAGGGAAAAUUGCGCAACUUGAACCCGAUCUACGACGACGACGAAAGACUGCUGCGAGUCGGCGGUCGCAUAAGAAACUCGGAUCUACCCAAGGACCAGAAGCACCCGAUGAUUUUGCCGGAGAACAACCAUUUCACCGAGGUGCUAGUUGAAGCGUUACACCGAGAGCAUCUUCAUGUUGGCUUGAAUGGACUCCUCGCAGUGGUAAGACAGAAAUUCUGGCCAGUGAACGCGAAACGAACCAUUCAUCGGAUUUUGAAAAGAUGUGUAAUAUGUUUUCGAACGAAACCCAGAGAUGUGCAGCAGUACAUGGGUGACCUCCCGAGUUGUCGAGUCACGGCGGCUCAACCCUUUGCCAGGACCGGGAUUGAUUACGCUGGUCCAUUCUUCAUCAAGGUUGGCCGAAUGAAAGCGAAGGUGAAGGUGUACGUGUCCCUGGUCGUAUGUAUGACGACCAAAUCCAUACACCUCGAACUGGUGAACGAGUUCUGCCAACCGAGGGGAAUUAAGUGGAGCUUCAAUCCGCCCAAGGCGCCGCACCAAGGUGGCAUUUGGGAGGCCAACGUGAAAUGUAUGAAGUAUCAUCUGUGCAAGACCCUUAACGAAAGCUACCUGACCUACGAGGAGUUGAACACGUUGCUGAUCCAAAUUGAAGGGAUAUUGAAUUCAAGGCCUCUGGUGCAGUUAACGGACGAUCCUUUCGACUAUGAAGCAUUGAGUCCUGGACACUUCUUGGUUGGACGAGAGUUGACGGCGGUUGCAGAACCGUUGUACGGUGACUUGAAGGAGUCGAGCUUGUCACGGUACCAGCUGGUACAAAAACGGAUGCAGCAUUUUUGGCAGCGGUGGUCCAACGAAUACGUAACCGGACUACAGAAACGCGGCAAGUGGUACAAGGAUCCCACGAAACUGCGGAACGGAUUGCUUGUUAUCAUGAAGGAAGACAACAUGCCACCUAAAACAUGGAAGCUGGGUCGCAUAGUUGAGACACAUCCAGGUAAGGACGGGGUUGUACGUGUGGUCACAAUCCGCACGAGCAACAGCAUCUACAAGCGGCCGACGACCCAGAUCGCUGUCCUUCCAAUUGAUGACUGCACGGAUCAAGCGGAGUCCAAGGAGUAGUGAGACCUUCGCCUCACCCGGGGGAGUAUGUUACACUAAAAUAGAAACGAAUAUUUGAUUAUUUGAAUUUAAAGCAAGUAUAUUUCAGUGUAAACGCAAAAUGUAAAAUGAUUAUUUUUCCGUGUAUGCGAUAGGAGUUGGUUGUGGAGAGUUUGAGGAGAUUUGGCUCAGCGCGAGCGGAAACAGAUAGGAAAGAGAUAGAAGAGUAGGAAGAAGGAAAAUUCAAAAAGUAAUAAAAACGCGCCGUGUUCAGACGUGUUUCAGUUUGCUAAAUAAAUUUCGUUUUAAUUAAUACAGUCCACUUGCUUUCCCAUCUUGAGUAUCCGAAGAACAAAGUGUCAAAAACAGAAAAUAUUCAAUUGUUUCAUUCAGAAUUUCUUGCCACAGAUUUAUUCAUUCUCAAUCUCCGAUCUCAAAACUUUCUUGGAUUGAGGUUUUCAGGCUCAAUGCUUCCAAUAAAGUGUCAAAACCAGGAAGUAUUCCAUUGUUUCAUUCAGAAUUCCUUGCUAAAGAUUUAUUCAUUCACAAUCUCCGAUCUCAAAACUUUCUUGGACUGAGGUUUUCAAGCUCAAUGCUUCCAAUAAAGUGUCAAAACCAGGAAACAUUCCAUUGUUUCAUUCAGAAUUCCUUGCCGCAGAUUCAUUCAUUCACAAUCUCCGAUUUCAAAACUUGUUUCAUUCAGAAUUCCUUGCCGCUGAUUCAUUCAUUCACAAUCCCCGAUCUCAAAACUUUCUUGGAUUGAGGUUUUCAAGCUCAAUGCUUCAAAUAGUGUCAAAAACAGAAAAUAUUCAGUUGUUUCAUUCAGAAUUCCUUGCCAAAGAUUCAUUCGUUCACAAUCUCCGUUCUCAAAACUUUCUUGGACUGAGGUUUUCAAGCUCAAUGCUUCCAACAAAGUGUCAAAACCAGGAAAUAUUCAAUUGUUUCAUUCAGAAUUUCUUGCCACAGAUUUAUUCAUUCUCAAUCUCCGAUCUCAAAACUUUCUUGGAUUGAGGGUUUCAAGCUCAAUGCUUCCAAUAAAGUGUCAAAACCAGGAAACAUUCCAUUGUUUCAUUUAGAAUUCCUUGCCGCAGAUUCAUUCAUUCACAACUCCGAUCUUAAAACUUUCUUGGAUUGAGGUUUUUAAGCUCAAUGCUUCCGAUAAAGUGUCAAAAACAGAAAAUAUCCAAUUGUUUCAUUCAGAAUUUCUUGCAACAGAUUUAUUCAUUCUCAAUCUCCGAUCUCAAAACUUUCUUGGAUUGAGGUUUUCAAGCUCGAUGCUUCCAACAAAGUGUCAAAACCAGGAAAUAUUCCAUUGUUUCAUUCAGAAUUCCUUGCCAAAGAUUUAUUCAUUCUCAAUCUCCGAUCUCAAAACUUUCUUGGAUUGAGGUUUUCAAGCUCAAUGCUUCCAAUAAAGUGUCAAAAACAGAAAAUAUCCAAUUGUUUCAUUCAGAAUUUCUUGCAACAGAUUUAUUCAUUCUCAAUCUCCGAUCUCAAAACUUUCUUGGAUUGAGGUUUUCAAGCUCAAUGCUUCCAAUAAAGUGUCAAAAACAGAAAAUAUUCAAUUGUUUCAUUCAGAAUUUCUUGCCAAAGAUUCAUUCAUUCUCAAUCUCCGAUCUCAAAACUUUCUUGGAUUGAGGUUUUCAAGCUCAAUGCUUCCAACAAAGUGUCAAAACCAGGAAAUAUUCCAUUGUUUCAUUCAGAAUUCCUUGCCAAAGAUUCAUUCAUUCGCAAUCUCUGAUCUUAAAACUUUCUUGGAUUGAGGUUUUUAAGCUCAAUGCUUCCAAUAAAGUGUCAAAAAACAGAAAAUAUUCAAUUGUUUCAUUCAGAAUUUCUUGCCAAAGAUUCAUUCAUUCUCAAUCUCCGAUCUCAAAACAUUCUUGGAUUGAGGUUUUCAAGCUCAAUGCUUCCAACAAAGUGUCAAAACCAGGAAAUAUUCCAUUGUUUCAUUCAGAAUUCCUUGCCAAAGAUUUAUACAUUCACAAUCUCCGAUCUCAAAACUUCCUUGGACUGAGGUUUUCAAGCUCAAUGCUUCCAAUAAAGUGUCAAAACCAGGAAAUAUUCAAUUGUUUCAUUCAGAAUUUCCUGCCACUGAUUUAUUCAUUCUCAAUCUCCGAUCUCAAAACUUUUUUGGAUUGAACUUUUCAAGCUCAAUGCUUCCAACAAAGUGUCAAAACCAGGAAAUAUUCCAUUGUUUCAUUCAGAAUUCCUUGCCAAAGAUUCAUUCAUUCACAAUCUCCGAUCUUAAAACUUUCUUGGAUUGAGGUUUUCAAGCUCAAUGCUUCCAACAAAGUGGCAAAACCAGGAAAUAUUCCAUUGUUUCAUUCAGAAUUCCUUGCCAAAGAUUUAUUCAUUCACAAUCUCCGAUCUCAAAACUUUCUUGGAUUGAGGUUUUCAAGCUCAAUGAUUCCAAUAAAGUGUCAACACCAGGAAACAUUCCAUUACUUCAUUCAGAAUUUCAUGCCACAGAUUUAUUCAUUCACAAUCUCCGAUCUCAAAACUUUCUUGGAUUGAGGUUUUCAAGCUCGAUGCUUCCAACAAAGUGUCAAAACCAGGAAAUAUUCCAUUGUUUCAUUCAGAAUUCCUUGCCAAAGAUUUAUUCAUUCACAAUCUCCGAUCUCAAAACUUUCUUGGACUGAGGUUUUCAAGCUCAAUGCUUCCAAUAAAGUGUCAAAACCAGGAAAUAUUCAAUUGUUUCAUUCAGAAUUUCUUGCUACUGAUUUAUUCAUUCUCAAUCUCCGAUCUCAAAACUUUCUUGGAUUGAAGUUUUCAAGCUCAAUGCUUCCAACAAAGUGUCAAAACCAGGAAUCCAUUGUUUCAUUCAGAAUUCCUUGCCAAAGAUUCAUUCAUUCACAAUCUCCGAUCUUAAAACUUUCUUGGAUUGAGGUUUUCAAGCUCAAUGCUUCCAACAAAGUGUCAAAACCAGGAAAUAUUCCAUUGUUUCAUUCAGAAUUCCUUGCCAAAGAUUCAUACAUUCACAAUCUCCGAUCUCAAAACUUUCUUGGAUUGAGGUUUUCAAGCUCAAUGCUUCCAACGAAGUGUCAAAACCAGGAAAUAUUCCAUUGUUUCAUUCAGAAUUCCUUGCCAAAGAUUCAUUCAUUCACAAUCUCCGAUCUUAAAACUUUCUUGGAUUGAGGUUUUCAAGCUCGAUGCUUCCAACAAAGUGUCAAAACCAGGAAAUAUUCCAUUGUUUCAUUCAGAAUUCCUUGCCAAAGAUUUAUUCAUUCACAAUCUCCGAUCUCAAAACUUUCUUGGAUUGAAGUUUUCAAGCUCAAUGCUUCCAACAAAGUGUCAAAACCAGGAAAUAUUCCAUUGUUUCAUUCAGAAUUCCUUGCCAAAGAUUCAUUCAUUCACAAUCUCCGAUCUUAAAACUUUCUUGGAUUGAGGUUUUUAAGCUCAAUGCUUCCAAUAAAGUGUCAAAAACAGAAAAUAUUCAAUUGCUUCAUUCAGAAUUUCUUGCCACAGAUUCAUUCAUUCUCAAUCUCCGAUCUCAAAACUUUCUUGGAUUGAGGUUUUCAAGCUCAAUGCUUCCAACAAAGUGUCAAAACCAGGAAAUAUUCCAUUGUUUCAUUCAGAAUUCCUUGCCAAAGAUUUAUACAUUCACAAUCUCCGAUCUCAAACCUUUCUUGGACUGAGGUUUUCAAGCUCAAUGCUUCCAAUAAAGUGUCAAAACCAGGAAAUAUUCAAUUGUUUCAUUCAGAAUUCCUUGCCAAAGAUUUAUUCAUUCACAAUCUCCGAUCUCAAAACUUUCUCGGAUUGAAGUUUUCAAGCUCAAUGCUUCCAACAAAGUGUCAAAACCAGGAAAUAUUCCAUUGUUUCAUUCAGAAUUCCUUGCCAAAGAUUCAUUCAUUCACAAUCUCCGAUCUCAAAACUUGGAUUGAGGUUUUCAAGCUCAAUGAUUCCAAUAAAGUGUCAAAUCCAGGAAACAUUCCAUUAUUUCAUUCAGAAUUUCUUGCCAAAGAUUUAUUCAUUCACAAUCUCCGAUCUCAAAACUUUCUUGGACUGAGGUUUUCAAGCUCAAUGCUUCCCAAAAAGCGUCAAAACCAGGAACACUCCACUGCUACAGUCACAGAAUUCCAUGCCAGCAGUCUGCCAAUUUACAAUCGUUUACAAAACCUUUAAUUUAAAAUGUCAGUUCCAUCAGUGCAUUAUGGCUAUUCAAUAAAUAGUUUGUGGAAGAAAACAAGAAUUUUAUAUCCGAACACCUACAUGUACAAAACACAUAGAAAACAACUGUGCGACAUCAAUGCAGCUUGUGGCCGGUUCCAACUCAUACAUUACACAAUCUAGGAAAUUUACAUCACGAAAAUAACAAACUCGCAGCUGCUCACGCUCCUGUAUAACCCCUGCGUACAGCACUGGUGUGAAAAAAAUCAUGUCAUAACUCGCACAGGCCCUCCGAAGUACCCUACGCUCAAAAACAAGCCAAAAAACGCCCAAGUGUAUAUUCGGCACAGAGCAAUUUGGAGCAAUUACGUACUUACCGGCUGCGCCAUUGUAGGAACAUCUUCAAUAAAAUAAAUAAAUAAAUAAAUAAAUUCCAAUCUUUAAGUUCGCUCUAUUUUCACUUUUUUUUUCUAUUUUUUCACAUUACACACAAUACGUCAGCUUCUCACUACAUCACUACAUUGGUAUGAUGAUACAUACGAAGCGACGACGAAAAGAGAAGCGAAGCCGAGCCAGACCGAACCGAAGCAAGUGCGAUGGAUUGAGCUGAGAAUGAAUAAAUCUGUGGCAAGAAAUUAUGAAUGAAACAAUUGAAUAUUUUCUGUUUUGACACUUUAUUGGAAGCAUUGAACUAAAAAACCUCAAUCCAUGAAAGUUUUGUGACAGAUGUAGUGAGAAGCUGACGUAUUGUGUGUAAUGUGAAAAAAUAGAAAAAAAGGUGAAAAUAGAGCGAACUUAAAGAUUGGAAUUUAUUUAUUUAUUUAUUUAUUUUUUUUGAAGAUGUUCCUACAGCUAUAUUUCAGGAACGACGCAAAUUACCUUGGGGAGUUGAGCUUUUUCGAUCGAAAAACGUCUGAUAAACACGAUGGAAUCAAAAAAUUUUAAAUCAAAAUAUACGUAGUUUGAGAAAAAUCGAUUUUUAGUUUUAAAAUUGAAAAAUAUGAUAUCUGGCAACACUGUAUCAAAAUAAUAAUAAUAUUUUUUCUGGAUUCCAUGAACAAUUUCCCUUAAAAAAGCCGAAGGUUAAAAAUGUGUAAGUGCAAUCGUUUCAAUGAUAAAAAUAAAAGAAAGAGAGGAUAAUUUUCAUAUCGGCCAAAACGAGGGGUGCUGCCACGGGCCGAGGGGUGAUCCGGCACCUAAAUUUGGAUUUUUUUUUCCAUCUAAACAAAUGUUUCAACCAAAUUUGGUUCAAAUCCGUGAUGGUCGGUUGCAAGUUUUCACAUUUUUUCGGUCACUUCAUAUGGAAUGACCCCUAUUACAUUUUAAAUAAUAAAUCACUUGCACCAACUAGGUGAGCUGCUCACUAUAUUAUUUCUGUAACGGUGGUAAUAUUUAAUAUAUGUAUUGUGUCAUCUCUUAAAACGUCCUAAUUUGCAUUGAAGAUUUCUAAUCUUUUAACCAUACG